CGAGUAUAAUGCUAUGAUGCUGUACAUCAGCAAAAGACAUUAAUUGAAACUCUGACAGACGACGGCAUAAUAAGCCCACCAUUUUGGAAGGUAUAAAACUAAUGUUCGUACGAAGGACCAGACACUGGAUCUACGGUGUAUUACGAUGGACAAAAUACGGCUGGUCUUUUCAACAAGGGUACUAAUAUUAAUCUUCUUCGUAAUUAGCACACAGCAGGGAACAUCUUCCAGAUUCGUGACCACGCCCAAGCCGGGCGUGCCCACGACCAAAGCAGAUGAGGAAACUAAACCGGAGGAAGAAUCUGCGAAUUUGGUUCUGAUUGUAGUUCUUUCGUGUUUAGGGGUGAUCAUAAUAAUUUUAUGUCUGGCUAUCGCGCGUCUCAAGCUGAAGGACAGGAAUCAGUCUUUCCCUGAUACCAGCAAUGAAGAGACGACUCCCAUCAACCAAGGUCAACCAAUCAACAUCGGGAGCUGUAAAUAUUACAAACAAAAGAACGUGAUUCAAAAAGGAGGAAAGAAGAAGAAAUCGCGGUCGGCAGACAACUUCUCCUGCUUAAGAUUGAUGACGGUUGCAGGUAACGGUGAUUUGGUGAUGCUAGACGGUGAAGGAAUUCGAGUCAUGUCAAAAGAAUAUACCGAGAAAUCCGCAACGGAAAAGUGGCAAGAAGUAUUGAGUAAAUAUGUUGCCAUGGCAGCAUCGAAAAGACAAGCUGGGGAAGUACUCGUGGCAAGAAAGAGCGGCAAGAUUUCAUGGCGUGACAACAGCAGUGGGAAUGAGGUUGAGAUCCAAGGUUGCAGCAGUCAAAGCGGAGAGAUAAGCGAUAUGGAUGUGGAUGAUAUGGGAACCACUUAUGUUGCCGACAUAGUUAAGAAUGUGAUUUAUUCUUAUAGCGUGGAUGGGUCGUUUAAGUCAGCGUUUGCAGUUAAAGACUCACCGAAGUGUAUCAGUGCUUGCGAGGGUGGCAUUUUAUAUGUUUUAUCCGGGUCUAGGAUUAAGAGGGGCGAAGGGUAUGACAUCGAAGGGGGCACCAUUAAGAGGUACACCAACGGCACACGGGGUGACUAUGACAUAAAAUGUCCCACAGAUAUGAAUAUUGUGACGGCUGGUUUGUACUCGAGCAAAACGUCCGUGUAUGUUUUAACCAAAAGUGCGGGGCCUGAUAAAGCUGAAGCAAGCGCCAUACUUCAGUUUUCAGCGUUGGAUGGACUCCUCCAACGCCGUAUCAUCGAUGAAUGGCCAGGAAUCCUAGGCAUAGUUUUCAUCAGGGAUGAUGAUGAACUGGCCUUCUUUGAUUCCAAAGAAGUACAAGUUUAUGAAAAGCAGAAAUAGAAGAAGUGGGGGAGAUAAAUGAGUCUGCAGAAUGAAGAAUUAAUACUAGUGAAGUGAUCUGCUCUAGGGCAGACCUGCACCUUGAACACCCAGCAGGGUGGAUACGUGCGCAUUACAAGUCUGAUUAUUAUUAUUAUUAUUGUUAUUAU